GGAUUGUCCUGCGUUCCAGUCGCUAACAUGCCCAAGCGCUCGUACCCGUUUGACAGCGUUUCCCCCUUACAGCUCAAGACUCAUGUUGGUGAGAAGGAGUUGUGCCAGGGUGUAGCCGGUGACACUCUCAUGCGGGACAUUUUCGAAAAGACCAAGAUGUUGUUGUUCAAAGGAGCUAAAGCCGUUGUGGGAAAACAAGAGCACCAACGUGAAAAUGGGCAGGACGUUUCUGUUCCUGAGCUCCCAUCAGGACAGACUGUUAUUGGACAUGAUGGCAAACUGUGCAGGAACACUCAGUUGCGCAAAUCUACCCUGACAGGGGUAUCCAAAGCCUGUUCUUCCUGUGUCAGAUCUGUUGCUGCCAAAGAAACCUGCUCACAGUGUGAACGCUAUGUUUGUAAACAGUGCUGCAAGGUAUGCAGCUGUUGCUCUGCAAUCAUCUGCUCCUUCUGCACAGAUGUUGACCAUGACAACGGUGAAGGGUUGUUCUGCUCUGCCUGUUCUGUGUUUGAAGCGUAAAUCAACUGUAUAUUUUAUCUUUGAAUGCAAAUAUUAGUCUGUAAAUUUUUAGCACAUUUUGUAUUUUUAUAUGUGAAAUUAAAUAAACGUUAUAAUAAAGAGAAGUGGCCACAA